CGCCCCCAAACAAAAAAGUGAAUCCUCCGCCGUCUGAUUUCUGAAUAAACACCUCGCUGCGGACUCGGGUAUUUGAGUCGAUGCUGCGGCGUGAUGUGAAUUUCGUGUGCGAAAGUCAAAGACUUAAGUUUGGGGCAAUCUGUUCAUUGUCCAGCGGUGAAGACGCUCUUUGAUGCGAAUGCGUUCCUCAAUUCGGGGUCUGGGCAAUGCGAAUAGAGUGUUUGAUGAAAUUCCUGACAGAAGGGUGGUGUGAUGAUAUACGGUUGCGUAGAAUUUCACGUGAUUGGGCUGUGUGAGGAUUUGUCGCUGCUUAAACUAGGAACGCAUGCAUUCUUUGAACUUGAAGAUGAACUAUAUUACAGCAUAAGCUUCACCUUUAAACCCCCAAAAUCUACUUGAAUACGCCCAAAUCGCCCUAAAUGCUUCGCCUUUCACAUGAAGAACCAUUGUCACAGCCACCGCCGCCGCUUCACCAAAAAUAUCCCCAGAAUGCACUCAAUCAACUCAGUUUUGAAUCAAACUACCGGAUCAUAUGCAAUCACUUCCUCGGAUUCACUCGCGGCAGGAAUCUCCUCAAAGGCCAAUCCCUUCACGCCUACGUCGUUAAAUCAGGGGUCCAUUUGAUACCUCUCGUUUGCCACCAUUUGAUCAACUUCUACUCCAAGCUCCAGCUCCCGUAUUGCUCGGAGCGAAUAUUUCACGAAACUCAAUUCAAAUCUUCCACCACUUGGAGUUCAAUCAUAUCAUGUUUCGCUCAAAAUGAGCUUCCCUUUCACGGAUUUGAGUAUUUCAAGCUGAUGCGUCGCAACGAUGGGAUGAUUCCUGAUGAUUAUAUUUUGCCGUGUGUGAUGAAAGCUUGUGGUAUGAGUAACGAUCAGUUCAUGGGGAAAUCCGUUCAUUGUCUCGCGGUGAAAACUGGGUUUGAUGCGGAUGUGUUUGUGGGGAGCUCUGUUGUUGAUAUGUAUGCAAAAUGUGGGAGUUUAGGUGAUGCGCGGAAGGUGUUCAGCGAAAUGCCUGUGAGAAAUGUGGUAUCCUGGAGUACGAUGAUAUACGGCUAUGCCCAAACAGGGGAGGACGGAGAGGCCUUGAGACUCUUCAAGGCUGCAUUAUGGGAAGGUUUGGAUGUUAACGACUUCACAUUCUCGAGUGUAAUUCGAGUUUGUGGGAAUUCGACUUUGUAUGAAUUAGGGAGACAAAUGCAUGCUUUAUGUUUGAAGAUGUAUUACUAUGAAACUAGCUUUGUUGGUAGUGCCUUGAUCUCUAUGUACUCAAAGAGUGGCGUGAUAGAGGAUGCCUCUCGAGUGUUCAACGAGGUUUCGGACAGAAAUCUGGGGAUGUGGAACGCGAUGAUGAUUGCUUGGGCGCAGCAUGCUCAUACAAGGAGGGUGUUUGAGUUGUUAGAGAAAAUGGUGAAUAAGGGAACAAAGCCAAAUUUCAUCACAUUUUUAUGUAUACUCUAUGCUUGCAGCCAUGCCGGCCUAGUGAAGGAAGGAAAAUAUUAUUUUGCAAAGAUGAAGGACUACGGAAUUGAGCCAGGAAGCCAGCAUUAUGCAUCAAUGGUGGACUUGCUUGGCCGAGCUGGGAAAUUGCAGGAGGCAUUGGAAUUAAUCGAGAAGAUGCCUGUGCAGGCGUCUGAGGCUGUUUGGGGAGCUUUCUUGACUGGAUGUCGGAUUCAUAGAAAUACAGAGCUGGCAAGCUCUGUGGCUGAUAGGGUCUUCGAGUUAGGGCAUGUGAGCCCGGGCCUACACAUGCUAGUAUCCAAUGCUUAUGCGGCUUCUGGAAGGUUCCAAGAGGCUGCAAGGGCGAGGAAGAUGCUCAGAGACCGCGGGCAGAAGAAGGAGCCGGGUUUGAGCUGGGUGGAGGAAGGGAACAGGGUUCACACAUUUGCCGCAGGGGAGAGGAGACACGAGCUUUCAUCGGAGAUAUAUAGGAAGCUGGAGGAGUUGGAGAAGGACAUGGAACAGGCUGGUUAUGUGAUGGAUACAACACAUGUGCUGAGAGAAGUUGGCGCAGAGGAGAAGAAUGAGAGCAUUAGGUAUCACAGCGAGAGAUUAGCCAUUGCCUUUGCGCUCGUCACCUUCCCACCCGAGAGGCCUAUUAGGGUUAUGAAGAACUUGCGUGUGUGUGGUGACUGCCAUGUAGCUAUAAAGUACAUAUCCAAGUGCAGCGGAAGGGUCAUAAUCGUAAGAGACAACAACCGGUUUCAUAGGUUUGAGAAUGGGGAGUGCUCUUGUGGCGAUUAUUGGUGAUUGAGUGGGCAAUGUCUUCCUCUUGUAGUGAAGGCGUUGAUGAGAGUUGGAGGAAAGGGUUGGUUGAGGAAAGAAAAUGUAGUGCAAGAUUUGAGAUACUGAAAAUGGCUUCAACUAUGAAAGUGGAGGAUUCAAUUUCUUCAAA